GUAAAUAAAUCGUGUUAGAAUGAAAUCAUGAUAUGUUUGCAAAAAAAUUAGUACGUACGUGGUGCCCAGUCGGUAUUUUAUCUAAUUUAUGCGAAGCUAAAUAAUUUUCGUUUCCGCCUAUGCUCAACAUGAACUAUUUGCGUUCGGCAGUUUGAAAAAAGUUAUAAAGUAGAUGCGCUCUGAGUAUUAUUCCUGUUGUUUUUCACCGGGUGCUUAGUUUGUCAUAGGAAAAUUUAAUGAUUUUCCUGGGGAACUAUUGAUUCAUCUCUGAACGCUUAUGAUUAACGCUAAUCCGAUCGCUAUUGAUGAGAACCUACCUCAAUCUUCAGGUAAUUGAUAGUUAAAAAUUUCUCGAAACUUUACAGACUCUCUUCAGUGGUGCAUUAAUUUGUGGAAACGUGUGUCAGUGAAUUGACGUUAGGAAAAAAUUUCAAACUUAUACUUACAUGGCCCGGAAUCUUGAAGAGGCGAUUCAUCAUCAGUGAAACGUGGGGGUGCAAUUUCGGCAAGAUGACCACUUUGGAGAACGUCGAGAUGAACAAAGUGACCAACGGAGUGAUGCAUCUGAACGGCGCCAUCACCAAAUACAAGGGAUGGUUUGGAGUGCGACACGUUCAGGUCUUCCUGGCCUUUUACCUGAUGUUCAUCGCUUAUGGUCUGAGAGUCAACCUUUCUGUUGGUAUUGUGGCUAUGACGGAUCCAACAGCUAGCCCUAACAAGGAUGUGCCUACCUUCCCCAAUUGGACAGACAAGAGCGUGAUUCUCUCCUCUUUCUUCUGGGGUUACUUACCUCCGCAGGCCUUCGCCGGACAGCUAGCCAAAAAGUAUGGCCCUAAAUGGUUCUUAAUAUCAGCUAUGCUCAUCUGCUGUCUCUUCACUUACCUUCUACCGAUAACUGCCAUCAAAUAUGGCUCGUAUGGCGUUAUGUUCUGCAGAAUCAUGCAGGGCGUGGGACAGGGCUUCGUUUAUCCUAUGAUCCACGACAUACUGAGUAAAUGGGUCCCUGCUUGCGAGAGAUCAAGGCUGGGUACUUACGUAUACGCCGGAGGUUCUUGUGGUACUGUUGUAUCGAUGCUCGUCACUGGAUUUCUGUCAGCCAGCUGGUGGGGUUGGCCGGCAGUUUUUUACUGUUAUGGGACUCUAUCUCUGAUCUGGAUACUGCUGAUGGUGAAAUUCGGCUGCAACGACCCUGCUGUCCAUAAGAAGAUCAAAGAGGAGGAAAGACUUUACAUUUCGAAUGGAUCGGCCAGAUCGGAAGGAGAAGAAUGUCCUACUCCAUGGAAAGACAUCUUCACAUCUGCUCCAGUGUGGUCGCUGAUAGUCGUCCACUGCGGCCAAAAUUGGGGCUUCUGGACUCUGAUGACCGAGAUACCCAGCUACAUUUCUGGCGUGAUGAAGUACAACAUACAAUCGAAUAGUUUGCUGUCUGCCCUGCCGUACUUUACGUUGUGGGUAUUGAGUUUCCUAUUCAGCGCAUGCGCUGACUACCUGAUCAACCACAAGGUAACGUCGAUAGGAGUGACGAGAAAACUGCUUAACAGCAUAGGUUUGUUCAUUCCAGCUGCCGCGCUUGUUACUCUAGGGUUCAUGACUCUAGAACAGAAGCAUCUCGCGGUGUUUUUAUUGGUCACUGCAGUUGGCACAAAUGCAGCCAUUUACAGUGGAUUCAACAUAAACCAUAUUGACAUAUCGCCGAACCAUUCCGGCGUGUUGAUGGGCAUAACAAAUGGCGCUUCGAACGUUUGUGCUCUGAUAGCUCCGCUGUUCGUGCAAGUUAUCGUUACAGAUCAUGCUGACAUUUUGCAGUGGAGAAUAGUCUUCAUUUUCACGGCAGCUUUGUACGUGAUAACGAACUGUGUGUUCCUAAUUUUUGGAACAGGAGAACUACAAGACUGGAAUGAACCUAAGCAUAAGAGGAAAAUUGCCCCAAAAGUUCCCCAGAACGGAUCGUUAGAAUCUCCAGUUAAGAACUGCUGAAAGUGACAUUCCAUGUCAUGUGCAUAAACUGUGAUAGCAAGAAAGGAACCGAAUGAUUGUUAGCAGUUAUACUUACGUAUAGAGCGAUGGACUCGAAUGAUUUUCCCCUGGUGAUUCACCGAAAUGUAGGAAAUUGUUAGACAAAUGAUAUUCCAAUUGAUGGAAAGUUACCUAUGAAUCAUACUUUUAAGUUAGGAUUAUAUAAAAUAGCAGCAUUAUUUUUUGUAGGGUAUAUCGAUUCGUUUUUAUGUAAUUAAUAUAAUUAUGAGUGCUAAUUUGUAUGUAUAUAAUUUUGUAAUUGUAUUUUAUCACUGUGAAAAUCGUUUGAUUGGACUCUAGGUGUACUAAACCCAUCACUGCCUGAACAAUCGAAUGAUGAACCAUUUCCAUACCUUUCCUCAUUGUUGAAAAGAAUAUUAUUUAUUUGCAAUAUUUGAUACCCCGAUGAAAAGAUAUUGUGACAUGGAAUACUCAAAACUGAAAUGAUGAAAAAAUAUCUGUUGUUUUCGAAUAUACUUUAUAUAAGACAGA